AUGCAAAAUCUCGUUGAAAAGAAAUUUAUUACAAAACAGAGAAAAUACGUUUUAUCAGCAUAUCAAAAUUGUCAAAUAAAAAAAUUAAAAUGUAAUGAAGAAAGACCAUGUUCUGAAUGUAAAAAACGUAAUGUUGAAUGUAUUGCCUCUACUAAAACUAAAAAGAAAGGUCUAACAAAAAAAGAACAAAAGAACUAUUUAUUACUUGAAAAUAUUUUAAAUCGAUGA